AUAACUGGUUGUUCCCAUGUCAAUGUUUUAUGAAUUCAUUAUUUCAAGGUUAAGUAUGCCCCAGCUGAUGCAUAUUUCUUCCAAAUUACAAUUCGCUGUUUUGGAAAAAGUCAUAGAGUUUUCUGUACUGUUCUAAAUUUUUUCGAAUGCAGUAUACCUUUAGAAAUUAAUAAAAUCAUAAGAACCUGACAGCAGUCAAGUGUUGUGAAUUAUCCAUGUUGGGGAGGGGUAAUUGAACCAAUAUUUGCAAAAUAUAAAAGCUUUAAACCCGAAAUAUUAGUUAUAAGGCAUUUAAACUUGCAAUGCCUCGUAGUAAACGUCGUUUUACAAGUACAGAUAUGAGCACCAAUGAUGAAGAUAGAUAUGUUCCAAAGAGAGUACGAAACUCAAAUAGUUCUCGUAGGAAUACUAGGGUAGAAGAACCCCAAUCAUUUAGUCAAAAAAGAUGCUUAGCUUGGUUUCGAGAAUAUACCACUCCUGAUGAUCCUGAUACUUUAGAUCCUGAGGGUAUGGAGAAAUUCUGUGAAGAUAUAGGUGUGGAACCUGAAAAUGUGGUAAUGUUAGUGUUAGCAUAUAAAAUGCAAGCCCGCAAAAUGGGCUUCUUCACAAAAGAUGAAUGGUUGAAAGGACUAGGAGAGAUGCAGUGUGACUCUGUACAAAAACUGCAGUGUAGAUUGGACUUCUUACGCUGUCUGUUGAAUGAUCCUUACCAGUUCAAGGCUAUCUACAGAUAUGCAUAUGACUUUGCUAGGGUGAGUUAUAGACAGCAACCAAAAAAAAUAAUAUUUUUCCUGUGAAUAUAUGUUAAUUGGUGACAUUUACUCCAUUGAAGCAGUGCAAGGUGAAUAUUGAGCAAGGCAGCUCUCAAAAUGGGUUGUAGUCAGAAUGCUUCAGAACUAAUAAGUGUGUUGAACAUCGACUCCUGGAAACGCCACAGGGAAAUUUUUGAUAUAUGUUCAAAUUAGUUAAUAGUGUCAUAGACUGCCCAGAGAUGCUUGCACCAAUAAAUCUUAAUGUUAAUGAAAUAUGAUCUCGCAAUACAGAACUGUCUAUGAUUCCACAUCAUUCUAUGAAUUAUGGUAUGAAUGAACCAGUUACUAGAAUUCUUAGAUCUGGCAAUGCCUCUGUAAGCUACAAUAUAGAUGUUUUCAGUAGCAAAAUUAGGCACAUCAAAAAGCACAUGUUAAAUGUGUCUAACUUUAGUUUGUUAGGUUUUAAAUAUAAGUAGAUUAAUAAUAGACUAGAGUGGCGAAGUUUAGCAUUCGCUACUCUUACAUAUAACCAAUCAGUUAGCAAUUGGUAACAUUAUACAGAAAUUUAUGCCCCACCUUGAGAAAAAAAAAGUCAAAAACAAGAUCAGAAAAUGUGUAAAUCAAGAAUUACAAUACAUCAUAUAAUAUAGAAAUGACGAGAUUAAGUGGAUAGUGAAUUUAUAGUCAGUUUAAUUUUGAUGUGGAAUGUAGACAAAGAAUAUGACAUACACUUCAGGUAUUGAAUUUGGCCUGAGAGCUAAAUUAUAUGAAAAGCUUUGUUAAAAUAAUGUUGUUUUGUGUGGUGGAACUCUUAUAAAUUUGUGUCUUAAGGGUCUAGUGUGCACAUCCUUACUGAAAACAAUUUUUCCUCUGCAGCAUAAGAGCUUUGACAUUUGCAACAAUUUAUGUAUGAAAAUUAAAUAGUGAUAGUUUACUAAAUUCUCAAAUUUCAUCCACUUCAAUAUUUGGUAAUUGGCUGAAACAUGGGAAAAUUUUUGUAAUCCAAAAAUUAACCGUACACAAUUAUUUUGAAUAAUUUGGAUAAUGUUUUUUGUAAAGCAAAAUUCUCACAUAGUUUUUUGCAAAGUUUCAAAUUCAGUAAAUAUCGAUUGGCUCAUUUUAGUGUCAAAAACUACGCUAAGUAUUUUUGCAGACUGGGCAAACUCGAUCCUUUAUAGAAAUCUUUAAUUGAGAUGAAGCAGCAUUUUUCUUUUUUCAUUACAAAACAAUAAUAUUUCGGAUUUUUCUGAAUUUGAGAUUGUGAUUAAAAGAAUAUUGUAUCAAAUGUAUUGUGUAUUGUAUCAUUUGGAUCAAAACUAUGCAUUAACUAAGCAUCAUCUGCAAAUGAUUGAAUAAGGAAAUUAUUAAUAGUUUUGUUUAAAUCAAAAGUAUAAAUUAAAAAUAGUAUAGGUCCUAAUAUAGAGCCUUGAGGCACAUCAGAAGGUAUUGAUGUUGAGGACAAUCUUUGAUUUAAUAAAAUAUUGGGUUACAUGAAUUUUUGGUUUUUCUUUAGUUUAAUAAUUCAUAUAAAGCUAUUGUGAUCUGUCACAUAAACAAUGUUUAUUUUAUAUGUAAUGGAAAACCGUGUAUAAAUAUAGUUUUACGUUCUCAAGUGGCAAUUUUGAGUUUUCCUUUAAAUUGUAAGCACAAUAUCUUUGUCCAGCAUAUGGUGGUCACAGUAGAUGGGAAAAAGAUGAACAUGUCGCGUCCGAUUUACACAGAAUCUCAAAAAACUAACCUCACCUUACUAAAUGUAAUGAAUUUUCUUUCACAGUCAGUCGGAUUUGAUAGCCUCAUGUAUGUUUAACUCUCUCACUUCAGUUACAAAACGAACUCAACACUUAUUUCAUGAGAUAGCGCAAAGCGCCAUCUAUCGCACCAGAAUCUGUCAAAGAACUGAACUGUCAAAGAUCUCAGUCCGAGUUUAAUAACCGUGCUGCUAACACACUUAUUUAUCACGACUUCGUUUCGUUUUGACGUGAACAGCUGAUUAUCAAUUGACAUCUUUGUUUAUUUAUAA